GUAGCCGAAUCGGAAAAGACAAUGAAUUCAUCCGUAUAUUAAUACCCACCCAUCUCUAAACACUCUCCUCCUCCGAAAAUAGGUUCCCGGUUUUAUCCCUAGUACGAGUUCAUACAGCCUUUUUGUAUUACACUUCCAUUUCAUCUCGUUUUGAGAACAAAGAAAGAACAACACAAAUCCAAUUAGUACAUAGUACUGAAGAAAGUUUCUGAAAGAAGAAGUGGGAUUUAGAGAGAGAAAAAUUCAUGCAAGGGGGGAUAAAGAUGGCGAAAAUGGGGGGUGAAGUAGGGGAGAAGGAGAAGCUGGGGUUUGAGGCGACGGAGCUGCGGCUGGGGUUGCCGGGGAAUAAUGGUGGGUGUGGUGAAGGAGAAGGAGGUGCUACUGCUGCAAGGAAGAGAGGAUUCUCUGAGACUGUUGAUUUGAAGCUUAAUCUGUCGUCCAAGUCCAAGGAGAGGUGUGAGACGGAUCCGAAUGAGAAGGUGAAAAGCUUGCAGAAGGAGAAGAUUCAUCUUCUUCCUUCCACCAAUGAUUCCGCCAAGCCUCCAGCGAAGGCACAGGUGGUGGGUUGGCCGCCGGUUCGAUCGUUCCGGAAGAACAUGUUAGCUGUGCAGAAGAGCAGCCCUGAGGAAAGUGAGAUGUUGAGUGGAAAUGGUGGAGCUUCUUUUGUGAAGGUGAGCAUGGAUGGUGCUCCUUAUCUUAGGAAGGUGGACUUGAAGAUGUACAAGAAUUACCGAGAUCUCUAUGAUGCCUUGGGCAAAAUGUUCAGCUCCUUCAGCAUUAUUGGGAAUUGUGGAUCCCAAGGGAUGAAAGACUUUAUGAAUGAGAGCAAGCUUAUGGAUCUAUUGAAUGGUUCUGAUUAUGUUCCUACAUAUGAAGACAAGGAUGGUGACUGGAUGCUUGUUGGUGAUGUCCCAUGGGGGAUGUUUGUUGAAUCAUGCAAGAGGCUACGUAUAAUGAAAGGCACUGAGGCCAUUGGACUCGCUCCAAGGGCCAUGGAGAAAUGCAAGAACAGAAGUUAAGUGAGUUGGCCUGCUCCUUGAAUUAGACAACGAAGUAUCAGAGAUAAAUGAAAUUUGAGCAGCAAGUUUUAGAGUGUUAAUAUGUUAUUAAUUAUGGCUUUUUAUAUAAAUUAAACGUGAGAUAUUUGAGUAUUUUAUUGUGGGCAGAACAAUAAUAUGAGUACUACUAUGUGUAUCUAUUUUGAGUACACAAAUAGAUACAUAUUUAUGUGUAUUAUCACGUGAUUGGAUAUUAUUUUAUUUUUUAUUUAAAAUUAUCCAAUCAUAUGAUAACACAUAUCAAAUAUGUAUUCAUUUAUAUACAUAAAGUGGGUAUGUCUGGUUUUACUCUUAUGUUAUGUUACAAAUUAAGACUUUGGUUAUGUUCUGAUUGUCGGCUUGUUUAGUGUUAAUGGCUUGCUUUACGUUCAAUAAUAAUUAUAAUAAUAACCCAGUUUGUUUUA